UUAGCCCAUGUGCUGCUUGCGGCUGGUGAGGUGACGAUCUUGCCUCGGUCUCCCUGGUGAGACCUACCUCCGGGUUUCAUGGACCCGUUCGGUUGGUACCCUCCACCCGGGCCGCCCCCGGUGGUAACGCUCCAGGGGUUUGAGUCUGAUCAGUCUGCGGACUGGACAUCGUGGGGGCUUCCUCCGCCGCCGCCGCCCCCACCGUCCAUUCCGCCGCCUCACCUCCCCCCUCCUCCCCUUCCCGCCUCCUCCGAGAACUCCUGGGACUUCCAGCCGGCCCGGGACUGGUCCUGGGCGCCGGCUCCGGGCUACGACGGCUACGACCCUCAGCAGAGACACUGGUACCAGCAGCCGGGCAGAAACUAUCAUUUCCCCAAGAAAAACCAUGACAGAUCAAAUAGAAAUUUCAAAAAUCAACAAAAUGGAAAACAGAAACAAAAGAAAAAUAAAGAACCAGUUUAUACCCAUUAUUGUGAUACUUGUGAUCGUGGCUUUAAAAACCAAGAAAAAUAUGAUGAGCACAUCUCUCAGCAUAGAACAUGCUCUGUCGAUGGCUGCAGUUUUAGUGCUCAUGAGAAGAUUGUUCAGAUUCACUGGAAAAAUAUGCAUGCUCCUGGUGCCAAGCGGAUAAAAUUAGAUACUCCAGAAGAGAUUGAAAAGUGGAGGGAAGAGAGAAGAAAAAACUUUCCAACGCGGGCCAAUAUUGAAAAGAAGAAAUUGUUACAAGAGGAGAAAGAGCAGAGAGGAGACGUAUUGACGACAACACAGUUUGGAAAGAUGCAGAGGAAGUGGAAACAGCCUCACAUCAAAGCAGCUGGGAAUCAGCAGCAUGGGAAGCACAGGAAGUGGCAGAAGUGGCAGAAGUGGCACGGUGGCCAGAAAACACCAGAGAUGGGUGAAAAUUUGGCUGAAGGCACGUCACCCACCGGCCCUCCAAGCUGUCCUCAAGCAGAGGAGCUGCGUGCGACCCAGACGGAGGCCUACCAGAAGGACGUGGAUCCUCUGGGAGUGCUGGCUGACAGUGAGGCAGAGUCCGACAAGGAGGAGAAGCCAGAACAUGUCGUCAUCCCCAAGGAAGUCACAUCAGCCCUGGGCUUACUGAUGACUAACUAUGGGAACAUAUCAGGGUCAGAGAGUGAGCCAGAGGAAACUUCCAUCAAGACAGGAGCAGACUUUCCAACAGAAAACCAGGUUAUCCUCAGUGAUGUCCCUCAGAAUCAAAGUCAGGAUACUGAGAAACAGGAAAGAAAAUCCCCUGUGACUAAGACUAAGAGCUUAAAGAAAAAUUGGGUGAGAAAAAACUGUAGAUAUAGAAGAAACCUUUACAGAAAGAAGCAAAUAUCUGAACCACAGAAAAGACGCCCACACCUCUUAGAGAUGCUUUUAGCACCGGACAUAAGACAUGAAAGAAAUGUGAUUUUGCAGUGUGUUCGAUACAUCAUCCAAAAUGACUUCUUUGGACUUAACUCCAAAGCAGAGCCACUAGGAAAAACAACUGAGAAUGGCCAGGUGUCUGAAGUUUCAGAAUCAUGACCACAUCUGUCCUGAAGUCUUGUUAGUGGCAUCUCAGAAGCCAGCUCUGCAAAGAGGGCCAGACAGAAGGGAGAACUUUUACUCUCAUUGAUAAAUCUCAUGUAAGAUAUGAUCUUGUACUCUCAGAGCGUUUCACUGGAGAUGCCAGCAGAUUCUUGGGUCUGUGCUUGUGCUGUCGGCAUUGUGUACAAGGUUUGCUGGAAGCUACUACUUACACUUUUCUACUUAUACUUUUGAUGCCCAGGAAAGUUCAGAGGCAUCCCACAGGUAGGAUUGUGGUAAUGGAGUUUAAAAUGUACAAUUCAGUUAAGCAGAGACCAAGAGGCAGGGGAUGGGGAGGGAGGGUGGAAAAAUUGUUUGCACACUGAAGGAACAAGGUUUUUUGGCUUUUAAUGAGGAGGAAAGAAAAAAAAUAAUGGGGUUAAAUUAGGACUGUUAAAAGGGUCUUCAAAUUGACCUGUUUUAGUCCCAAGCACCUAUGUUCAAAUCUAGCUGUGCUCAACCAAAUGUUGCACUUGGGAAAUACUUGUGUAGACAUGCUCUCAAUUUAUACUGUAGAUUCAACGGAAGUGUCCUUUGCUAUAGUUCAAGUUUGGACCAUUGUUUUUUUCUAGUGAAAAAGCAUGUAAAAUUUAAUAUUCAAUGAGGUUCAACUCAUUUUAUAGCAAAAGCAGUGUCGAUGAAAUAAUGUAAGCUUAGGUCCUAAGUUUCAAUUAGUUCAUCAUAAAGAUAAUAAUUUAUCCUUAUUUUUAAGAAAUUAGUCUUUUCUGAAUAAAGCCAAUGAGGUCUCUUGCCUCUGCAAAUAACAGGGAUUUUUGUUUGUGUCCUUUUCAUUUUGUAUCACAUUUACACAUUAUAUGUGACUUUGCACUUUAGUAACCGGGUUUCAGAGAACCAAUCUGUUGCACUUCUCCUGGUCUUUUUUCAAUCCUCAUUGAUGUUGGCCCCACCACAGCCUUUGAUACUGUCGAUCAUCUUCUCAUUGAGACUUUUCUUUUUCUAGGUUUUUCUAGGUUCUCUCUUUGACCACUCCUUGUCUGUAUCUUCAUUGAGGUCAUCCCCUAACUGUGAGUGACCCCUCCAAAGCUCUGGCCUGGGAUUGCUUCUCUUCUCCUUUUAUAAUAUUUUGCUUGGUGAUCUCAUUGGCUCUUGUGGAUGUAAUGAUUCUCUCUAUGCCAGUCAUUCUGAGAUCUAUUUAUCUAAAGCUUCUCCAGCUGUGAUUGUGACCACAUAUGGGGGUCAUACAACUGAAUGUGGGGGUAGCAAAAAAUUUGGCGAUAGUAAAAGGUUAUGUAUACCUAUUUUAUAUACCUACAUACCCAGGGGUGUGUAAAAAUUUCUCAGGUGGAAAAAGUUUAAGAAGCCCUUAUCUAGAUCGACCCUCUGUCCAGACCUCCAAUCUCAUAUCACCAAGGGUCUAUAGCACAUCUCUAACUGGAUGUCCCAUAGUAAUUUUAGACUCAACAUAUCCAAAACAGAGCUCAUUACCUUUCUCUGAAAGCCCUUCCCUCUUCCUAACUUCUCUUUUACUGUUGAGAUUAUAGCCAUCCUCUCUGUCAUCCAGGCUUACAACCUAGGUGUGUCCUCUUCGACUCCUUACUCUCCCUUAUUCCCCAUAUUGGGCCUGUUCCCAAGCCCUUUUGAGUCUGUCUUUACAACAUCUUUCAAUAUUACCUUCACUGCAUCUCUUGUUUAAGUGUCCUAUGUCUUCUAACAUUGUCUCUACUCUGGUACAUGCCCAUAUCAUCUCAUACCUGGACUGUUGCUGAAACCUGCUGGUGGGUCUUCUGCCCAAAGUCUCUCCUCAAUCUUAAGUUUCUCCUUCACUCAACUUUCAAUGUAAUCUUCUUCUUCUUUUUUUUUUUUUU